AGAUACCCUAUGUCCCUUUUAUCCUGGAACACAGCAUGCAUUUUGCGAGUGAACUGUGAAAUAAACAAAUUCAAAUUUGUCGAAGUAUAAUUCUAUUCGGAUCAUCGGACAUAUUUGAAGUUAGCAUUUCGUUUUAACGUCGCACGUCGCAGAUGCAAUCUACUGAAAACUGUUUGUAUCGUGCAAAAAUGGUCCUCGACAACGAAAAUGUUGAAAUACAUGAACCUACUAUUCGUUUGAAUAAAAGUAGAGUUCCAAUGGGUAUCAGAUUAUUAAUAUGGUUUCAGAAAGACAGGGAUAAAUUAUAUCGUUGCCACAUUUUUAUUGCCACAUUCAUUGCUUAUGCUUCUUACCAUUUGUCAAGAAAACCAAUAUCUGUUGUGAAGGAUACCCUGAAUGCAAACUGUUCCAAUUAUGUAAAUACUAGCUGUCCUGCCUGGGAACCUUUUGAUGGAAAAGACUCGAAAUCCCUUCUAGGAUAUCUUGAUGCCUCAUUCCUUGCGGCUUAUGCUGUUGGGAUGUUCAUAAGUGGCUUCGUUGCUGAACACAUGGACAUACGAUUAUUCUUGACUGCUGGAAUGUUUUUAAGUGGCUUUUUCAGUAUUCUCUUUGGUUUUGGAUAUUUUUUGAAGAUUCAUUCGCUGACUUUUUUCAUUUUAAUGCAGGUGUUGGCAGGAUUUGCGCAGUCAUCGGGUUGGCCAGCUGUUGUAGAAGCUAUUGGAAACUGGUUUGGCAAAGGACAGAGAGGUCUUAUUAUGGGAAUAUGGAACUCUCAUGCUUCUGUUGGUAACAUCGUUGGCUCUGCCGUUGCAGCGGUUUGGUCUGAUGAUCGUUGGGGAUGGUCAUUUGUAGUUCCUGGUCUUAUGAUUAUUGGUGCUGGGUUUACCGUAUUUUUCUUCUUGGUUGUUGACCCAUCGCACGUUGAUUGUUCUCCACCUGAGCAUCAUUUGAAGCCAAGAACUAUUUCUCGGACUGUAAAUGAUGAGGAAACUGAUUCGGAUCAAACGAGUCUUCUCAACAACUAUACGCAAGAUGUGCAGAACAUGGUUAGACACUCCAGAGCAAGAAAGAAAGGUCAGCAUGGAGCGGACUCGAAGGCUAUCUCCUUUUUUGGUGCCUUAUGUUUACCGGGUGUGAUAGAGUACUCACUGUGUCUUUUCUUUGCUAAGCUUGUGAGCUAUACUUUUCUGUAUUGGUUACCGUACUACAUUAAUCACACAGAUAUCGGUGGAAUUAGGUACGAUUCAAGAAAAGCUGGAGACUUGUCAUCAUUUUUCGACGUUGGAGGUAUCAUUGGGGGAAUUGUAGCUGGAGUUAUCUCUGACCGAACAAACUGUAGCGGAAUUACUUGCGUUAUCAUGCUAGUUCUGGCUGCACCUGCGAUUUUCAUCUACAGAUUUUACAGCAAUAAUUCUUUGUUGAAAAAUGUUGUUCUCAUGAUUGUUAGUGGUAUUUUUGUUAAUGGACCUUAUGGCUUGAUCACAACAGCCGUAUCUGCAAAUUUGGCCACACAAAAAGCACUUCGUGGUGAUACGAAAGCAAUGGCAAUUGUCACUGCAAUCAUUGAUGGUACUGGUUCAUUGGGUGCUGCGCUUGGGCCUCUUCUAACAUCAUUCUUUUCAAAUAAUAAUUGGAAUGACGUAUUUUACAUGCUCAUUACGGCAAACAUACUUGCUGCUAUGUUGUUGACUCGUCAAGUCAGUUACGAAAUAAAGAAGCAUGUGCUGCAUAAAAUUUCAUCAAAUGAAAUUACGGCAUAACUGUUUUGUGGCGAGCACAACUUGAAGACGUCAUCUUGCCCGAAUUACACUCUAGACUAUUAAAGUGCAUGCACUGAUCUUUUUUAUUAUGUUAUUUACAAAAACAAAAGUUGACGAGUAAAUCAGGCUGAUAUUUUGUUAUAUUGAAAAAAUUUUAUCGCAAAAUUUUAGUUUUAGUUGUAAUUCCUCUUACAUGGUAGCUACUUUUCUCAUGUUCAUAUGCGAUAAAUUCAAGAAAUUAAAUUAUUUCCUUUUAUUAA